AUGGGUGAACUUAUUCAUUCUGUAGCACGAAGUAUUCGAUUUGUCGAUGAUGCAGCUGUGGCCAAAGAAACAAAAUUAGGGUCAAUUGAAGAGAUAGGAAAGGACGACGACCACGACGAAACGUAUCUCGUUUCUAUCGAGGAAGUAGUUGAACCUCUUGAAUUACUUCUACCUGAGAUCAAAAGCAAGACCGCUCUAGCAAAGCAGCAUGCAAAAAUGUACCAUGAUUCGCUCUCACUCGAUGAGUCGAGUUCGCUUGCGCUCUACUCUAUGGAAUGGGAGCCUCAUGCUGAAUGCCUUUACGUCGUUCUCAACGCCACUUUGAGAUCUGAAAAUCGGGCCAAUCUCACUCCCUGGUAUCUCUAUUUGAAAUUAAUUAUUACUGCAUUAUCGCGAUUGCCAUCGGUUCAUAUGACCGUUUAUCGUGGUAUCCAACUUGAUUUAAGCAAAAGUUAUCCUAAGGGCACAACGUUUACCUGGUGGAGCUUUUCAUCAUGUACUGCUUCAGUUGAUGUUCUCCAAUCCUCCAUGAGCACAAUCGGCGCUCGUACGUUAUUCGCUAUUGAAUGUCUAUCGGGUAAAGACAUUCAGCAUCAUUCACUUUAUCCAAACGAACAGGAGAUUCUGUUGAAUGCAGGAAUACGAUUCCAAGUAACUGCACAUUUUCAACCAUCGAAUGAUCUUCACAUCAUUCAAUUGAAACAGUUGGAACAACCAAGUUCGUGA